UCUUUCUCGGUACCAUGCUGUGUAGUGCUUAACCAUUUCUUUACGCACUGUCACGGCAGAUUAGCAGCCAUUUCAAUUGUUUGCAUCGCCAUGAGGACCGAGAUUCUCAUCUGGAUUCAGCUGAGCACAGAGAGAUGCAGGUCCAAAGCAAUGAAGGUCGCAUCCACGGUCAACGGAGUGCAGUCUGUCGCGGUGGCCGGAGAGGAGAGGAACCUGCUGCUGGUGAUCGGGGACGGCGUGGUGGACGCUAGCAGGCUGACCAGGAGACUGAGGAACCAUGUCGGCCACGCCGAGAUAGUGGAGCUCACGACGUCGACGUCGUCAUCAUCGGCCGUGCCGGCGCCGGCCGACGUCGUCGCCACCGAGGACACCGCGCGGCGGCCGCGGUACCACAGCCUCGGCGGCUGCGGCGGCGGCGGCUUGCCAUGGCUCGCGCGCGUCGGGUGCCCCGUCACCGCCCACUCUGUGGUCGCCAGCCACGCGGCGCCACCGGCACCGCUUUGGCACGCCGGCGAGGCGGACAGCUGGGCGGCGGCGCGCGACGUGCACAGUCCCAGGGCAUUCUCGUACUCCGCUCAUCCCAGCCCGUACUACCACGCCUCGCCGUUGGCCAUCGCCGUGCCAGUCCGGGCAGGCGGCGGCUACGCGGUGGAGGCGGCGCGCAGCCACCCGGUGAACUACUCACCGAUGAUCGAGCGGCACGACGGCCGACGUCACUACCCGACGACGCAUAGUGGCUGCUCCCACGGCAAGGUGCAUCCUCGUUGUUGCGCGCCUAGCUGCUGCACAAUCCAAUAGUAUCAAUCUUAAGAAGGAAUGGUAAUGGGUUCAAAAUAACGUGAGCUAAAAUUUUAUAGAUAAUUUAGUUGUAUGAAAGGACCUAGAGAUCUUAGCCCAUUAGCACCCCUACUUACAUGGCACCGAUGGCAGUCACGCAUGAUGAUUCAUCCAAGUUACUAAACAAAAGAUAUACUAUGUACCUACGCAACGGAAAAUAAUUAUAACCCCCCGGGUUUUAUGUAGUUUGGACAUGUGACAACCUAUGUAUGUAUGUUACUCAUGUAUAUUCCGUAAGA